AUGUUGGUCCUCAGCCCGCUUGUCCGGGGAUCUUACCUGCUGCUUUUCUUCUGCUUUGCUUUGCCUCAGACUGCGUACGCUGACAAUGUCUUCUCACUUUCAGCAGAUCUGCCUUGUUUGGAACAGAAGAAGCAGCACUGCAGAGCAUGCUGCCUCCUUGGCCCUCCUCCACCGCCCCUGUUCCCACCACCGUACUUCAGGCACGGCUGGAGCACUAAGCUGGAUGUGGAAGAGCUGUGUCAUGAGCUCCAGAUAAUACAGGCUGCCUCUCUGCCUGAAUUGCACUGCUCUGCAGGGCCUCCUGGCCCCCAGGGUCCACAAGGAAUUCCUGGUAUAAUGGGACCAAAAGGGGAGAAAGGGGAGAUUGGCAGGCCUGGAAGAAAGGGCAGACCAGGUCCCCCGGGCGUCCCUGGGAUGCCAGGACCAGUAGGAUGGCCUGGACCUGUGGGACAGAAGGGUGAAAAGGGAGAGUUGGGUGUGAUGGGAUUGCCAGGUACAAGAGGACCAAUGGGCUCCAAGGGUUUUCCUGGAACUAGAGGAGAAAAGGGAUCCAGAGGUGACAGAGGCGACAAAGGAGUCAAAGGAGACCCGGGAGAAAUAGGCUUCCCUGGAAUGCUGGGACAAAAAGGAGAGAUGGGCCCCAAGGGACAGUCUGGAGUACCAGGACACAGAGGACCUAUAGGAAGACCUGGAAAACGAGGCAAACAAGGACUCAAGGGGGACAUCGGACCCGCGGGUGUCAUGGGCCCGCCUGGCAGGCCUGGCCCUGUUGGUCAGCCAGGCCCCCCUGGACCCUCAGGAUUAGGGCAAUUUGCAAUAGGACCAAAGGGAGAAAGAGGACUUCCAGGGCCUCCAGGGAGAUGUCUCUGCAGAACGCCACAGCAAAUGAGUAACCCAUCAUAUGAGCAAUCUGUGUUUGGACACAGCUACCCAAAAGUUCCUGCGAUUUUUGUGGUGAAUAAUCAAGAAGAAUUGGACCGGUUAAACACCGAGAACGCAUUAGCAUUUAGAAGAGAUCAGAGAUCUUUGUAUUUCAAGGAUACAUUUGGAUGGCUCCCAGUCCAGCUCUCCCCUCUGUACCCCAUGGAUUACCGCCUGGAGGAGGGGGGCACCUGUGGCGAUGGCAUCGUGCAGGAUGGGGAGGAGUGCGACGACGGCAACGCGGUGGUGACUGAUGACUGCAUAAGGUGCCGCCGUGCUUACUGUGGAGAUGGCUACAAGCACGAGGGGGUUGAAGACUGUGAUGGGAUGGAUUUUGGAUACUUGACAUGUAGAACUUACCUUCCUGGGUCUUACGGGAAACUGCGCUGCACUCCUUACUGCUACAUUGACUCCACACAGUGUCGAUACUUCACAUGAGGGGAGCAGAGGUGG